AUGCUGGGUAAGGUCGCGCACUGGCUGGCCAAUCGACACGAGGCGAAGCGUAGCGCAAGCGACGCGUCUGUACAGCAGCACUACAACGCUCUUUCCCGACUCAAGAAAGCCACGACGGCAGUUGUACGCAAAGGAAAUGCAGCUGAGAAAAAGAGUGGAGGCAGUCAAGACCCAAGGGCUCGUGCUCGGGAUGUCGCGCUGCCUCGAGAGCAGCGUCAGCCACUGACAGAGCGCGAUCUUUGUGUCGCCGAGCUCUGCACGGCAUUGGACGAGUGUCUAGUGAUGGGGAUCAAGCCGCGAGGUGGUGAGAAACAGCAGCAGCCGUCCUGGUGGCACGUGCUGUAUGCCAGUACGCUCAUUGUGGACGAGCCCACGCUUGUGCAGAGUGUAGUGUCUGCUGCGUUCCUAGCGGAGACUGAUGCAGGAAAGGCUCGCUGCUGGCUGAAGAUCGCGCUGAACAAUCACACGAUUGAGUCGAGCAUUAUGAUGAUCUUUUCUAUGCCUUGCGAGCACUUGAUCCGCAGCAGCUACGACGAAAAGUCGCUGGUUCGGUGCUCUGAAGGUCUGGGUGUCUUCCUAGAGCUUGUUAUCGCUCUUCGGGAAGUGCGCUUUGCAAUCGAAGUGAGCGGUGAACCGUUUCAGCGGCCGGAGACAUCGAAAUUACUUGAUCCAGCGCCCGGACCAGAGAGGACUAGUGAGGAUUUGAUGUUUACUAUCACGGACGCAGACAUUGCUGCGGCAGUUGGGGUAUCGCCUUCCAGAGAUGGAUCUCUCCCUGAGACCGAUUCAGUAUCCACCGAAAUCAAAGACAGUAGAAAUGAGACCCAAGAAGCCGCGAGUGUAACGGAGAAUGAACAGGAAAAGGAUGUUCCGUCACUAUCGCACCAACUGAAGGAUACAGUCCCGUGGCAGCACGUGUUCGGCGUUAGUUUGGCAUUGCUGUGUCAAAACCCACAUCACAGCCGCUAUGCGCUGAUUGAUCCACUGCUAGCGCUCCCCAAUGUUGUGGACGACUGUGUGGCGGUAGUGAGACGAAAGCCCGAUACUCCAAGAUUGUUGCGUGCGACCGUUUUAAGCAUUCGCUUGAAUCAGCUUCGAGAAGUCGUGGAGACUGAAGGGUCGCUACCACAAGAUCUGGACCCACAAUGUGCAUCAGCGUUGCUCUUAGAUUUUUUGAAGAACCUACCAGACUCCUUGUUGACGGAUGGUAAGUACGAGGCAUUUGUGGCAGCGGGACAAUUGAAUGAUGAAGACGCGAGUGUGCACGUGAUUACGGGUUUAGUGAACGACUUGCCCGUGCACUGCCAGAUUGUGCUGAACCAGGUAGCCAGCUUGAUGCACUUCCUGCAACAGCCCGAUCAUUCCGUGAAUAAUGGCGUGGACGUUUUCACAGCGUCAACUGUUCUUGCCCCGGCCAUAGCUUUUCGGAAAGAAACAGAAAGAGGUUUGCUGCCUGAUCACUUGCAUGCUAGUACGCAUUCACAGUAUCAAGAUCUCCGAUAUGCUGCAGUAGCCGCUCCAUUGGCUGAGCGAAUGAUACAGCACUAUGCAACCAUUUUCCACUCCAUUCAGGUACGACUUGUCGAUGCGGUCGAGCGAGUGGAUGCCAAAAAGAGAGCGCUAUGCAUGGUGUCACAUCAACUGAAGCUUCAGCCGGAACUGAACGUCUCGUUGGAUAGGCAGCAAGUGGACGAGAUAUCUCGGUUGUUCUGUGAGCAUUUAGCAAGGGAUGAUGACGGCUCGCUGUCACCAUCAUUCGUAUCACCCAUUGGGCAAAUACCGAGAAGUUCGAAGACCCAGACCCAAGCAGAUAUGGAGAAUACGUCACAUUGUUUGACUGGCAAAGUAACUGAACCGGAUCUUGUACAUAUCUGGAACCAAUUUGGAUUCAACAGACCAAGUGUCUUAGCGAACUUUCAGCACGGUGGCGUGCUGAUGCUGCGAGCGCUUCUGUACUGGUUGCAAAACGACCCAGGUGCAUUGUUCAUGCUAAGGACCCGUGCAUUGCCAUCUAAGCUGCCGUCUUACGACGCCGGGCUGGUAGCAUCGUCUAUCUGCGAGUCGCUGGUGAAGCUGUUGAAUCUGUCCCUAACCUCGAAGCGUCCGGAGAUUGAUAUCGUAGCAAUGUCGUUGGAGCCUUUUUGGAAACUCUUUGACGAAGACAUGUAUUUCGAGAAGUUAUUCUCGCUCACGUUUCAGGUGUACGAUCAACUGUGGACUCAGCUUGACCCGAAGGCGACAUCUUUUACUCGCGUAAUGACGGAGACCGAAAAAGUUGUGAAUGAAUUGCUCAAGAAGGCGCCUAUCCUCGUUAAUGAUCUUCGAGUGGAAUGGGACGUGAUUUCGGCGCGUCGUGCAGAAGAGGUGAAUGGAGGAGAGGAGAACGAGAAGCAAGGAGAGCUGGUUGAAGGCGAAGCGCUUCCGAUUGCGACUCCAAUUGACCCUCUUCUUUUGUCGUCUCCUUUUCGCACUUCCAAGGAGCGAUCUUCUUUCGAAUUUGACUCGGAUGACUAUAAACUCAAGCUGCUCGAUUCGUCAAGCAUUUUAACAUUGGAGCACAUUGCACAGAUUGACCACGCUUUGCCCGUUACGAGUCAAUUAUGCCAGUGGUUUCGGAUCUACAGUUUAGAGUCGAAUGGAUCUUCAUUGGAGACGCUCCUUUUUCUCGCAAAAAACCAAAGCCCGACGUUGUUGAUUGUCAAAGACGCUGAGAAAAACGUUUUUGGUGGGUUUGCGUCGGACGAGUGGCAUCACGCAUUCCACUAUUAUGGCACAGGUGAGUCAUUCUUGUUCUCCUUUGGAAACUCGAGUGGCGGCUUCGUCAAAUACAAAUGGAGUCGCAAAAACAGCUACUUCAUGCUGUGCUCCGACACAUCCUUAAUUAUGGGUGGUGGAGGCAACUUUGGCUUGUUCCUGGAUGGCGAUUUGUCUGCUGGGACUACCGGAGCGUGCGAAACGUUCGAUUCAUCUCCAUUAUCUACUUCGCAGCAGUUUUGUUGCGUUCAAUUGGAGCUGUGGGGUUUUGCAUUCGGAGACAAGCCCGUUGGUCUCGGUGACCGACGAAGAACAAGUGUGUUGGACUAG